GCGGUCUUCAGUAACGCGUGAGCCGCGAUUAACGUCGAAGCUUGACAACUGUCAAAUGACAAUCUCAUUUGCGGGAUUACGUUCGCGCGGUUGAGAAAUGGCAGCGGAGAUAAAGCCCGCCCCGGGAGUAAAUCACGACAAAUUCAGCAGCAGCCGUAAGCCGGUCCUGCUGUCGAAACUAGAAGGAUGCAGUGACGACGUCAACGCUGCUAUCAUUAUCCCGCGGGAAGAGGGUGUAAUCAGUGUUUGCGAUGACAGGACAGUUAGAGUAUGGCUGAAGCGUGAUUCUGGCCAUUAUUGGCCAAGCAUUUGUCAGUAUAUGCCAGCAGGUGCUACCUCGAUGUAUUAUUGCAUAGAAACAAGGCAGUUAUUUGUUGGCUUGGAUAAUGGAUGCAUAAAUGAAUUCAUUUUGGAGCAAGAUUAUAAUCGGAUGACAGCAAUGCGUGAGUAUCUGGCACAUCAAGCAAGAGUAACAGGGAUCAUUUUUGCACCAGAUUGCGAAUGGGUCUUAAGUGUAGGUCGCGAUAAAUUAUUUCAAUUACACAGUUCUGAGACAGGACAAAAAUUAGGAUCAUACCAGACAGAUGCAUGGUACACUGCUUUACAAUUCGACGCCCAAUCAAAACACGCUUUCGUGGGAGACUACUCUGGUCAGAUAGCAAUGUUAAAGCUCGACAAUAAUGGCGUUACCUUUAUCACCACGUUGAAGGCGCAUAGAGGAAGUAUUCACACACUGGCAUGGGACUCCGAAAAGCAGCUGUUGUUCUCCGGUAGUUUCGAUCGAAGCAUCAUCGUCUGGGAUAUCGGAGGCCGUCAAGGCACCGCUUAUGAACUCCAAGGCCACCACAACAAGGUAACGGCAUUGUGCUACGCGAGUGCUGAGCGCGUGCUCUUGUCCGGAGGUGAGGAUGGCGUGAUCGUAUGUUGGAACAUGGCAGCGAACAGGAAGGAAACAGCAGCUUGGGUCGAAUCUGACACUUGUCAAGCAUGUGGAAGACCCUUCUUCUGGAACAUAAAGGCAAUGAUGGACCAACGGCAGUUAGGACUGAGGCAGCACCAUUGUCGUCACUGUGGACGCGCGUUGUGCGCCCGCUGCACGUCGCAACGAAUACCGAUACCGGCGAUGGGCUUCGAAUUCGAAGUGAGAGUCUGCGACCAGUGUCACAUACAACUGAAGUCUGAAAAUCAAUCGUCCUUGGCGUCCUUCCACGAUGCCAAGCAUAGUGUCGUCGGCAUGGACUUGGACAUCUCCAGACGAAGAUUGCUGACCAUCGGGCAGGAUCGAGUUAUUAAGAUUUGGGAUAUAUCCGCACUCUUUCAGUGAAUUUUCAUAUAUCAUGGUAGGGAGACAGUGAGGAUGCAGCGCGCGAGAGUGUUAAUUUAGCGAUCGCAUUACCAAAAGAAUAUCACGUCGACGGAACUACUUCCAGAAAAGCGUUUGUGCAAUCGUAAUCCGAUUGCGAAUAGUCCCUGUAUGUAAAUGUACACAAGACACACGGACUCUCCUUAGAUCGAAAUACGUCAGUGUAGUCGUGACACAACACAAAAUAUAACUGCGAAUUUUGAAACAUCUUUUGGAAUAAGAUUGAAUUUUUUAUGAUAAAGUUUACACUCCACGUCGGAUUAUUUCGAGAUAGGACUUUUUCAAUUGAAAUUAAUCGCAACUUUGCACUUUCCGAAACUCGCGAAAUUAUACUCACGCCAGUAGUGACUUCUCCAAAGGCUCACAUUUCAAUCCAGCCUUUCCCGAAUGUAUAUACCGCAAUCGCGUCUGUAUGUUGCACAUUUAGUUAUUAUAAAAGUAUUCAAGUAUUUUCACGCUAUUACAUCCACAUUUUAAAUAGAUUUCCGUCGAGAAGAGAACUACCAAGAGUCUAAUAAUUGAUAGUAAUAUAAGCAUCGACUAUUUUACUGUGUUUUAUCGAAUAUAUAGAGUGAUUCACUUAAAUCGAGCAUCUUAAAUUUCUCUAAACUUGUUUUCAAUGAUACGAAAAAAUGUUUAAAGAAAAGUUGCAUCGUUCGAGGAGGCAAUUAUGUGAUGACAAAAAAAUUUUUUUCAAAGUCACUUCAGAGAUUUAAAGAUCGAUAUAAUUUUUUUUAAAUGAAACUACAUGUUUUUGUUUGCACGCUUUUAUAGUCGAUAUUGAGACGAGUCCAACGACCUAUGAUCUUUAAUUAAUCUUGAACACGGAAAAUUAUGUAUGUUUGAAAAAAAAGAAAAAUCAAAUAUUUAUGCUCCUUAACAUAAAAAUUUAUUUAAAGAGAUGUUCAAAAUGAUGUUCUUCAACUUCAAUAUAUUUUUAACAUAAAUUUUAACGACACAUAAAUUAUACUUUUGCCUUUUCUAUCAUUUCUGAAUUUAUAAUCGCACGUGUAUCCAAAAUCGCUCAUGUUCUUCUCUGUAGUUGAUACAUCGUUGUAUACAAUGUUUUUCAACAUUCCCCAAAAUUCAAAUCUGAAGAAUUUCUAUUCCUUCCUCUUUCGUGUACUUAUUCAUAUUUCAACUCUGAUAUUGCGAGAAUCUUAGAAAAUAUUAAACUGCGAAAGCAUUUCAUAAUCAUCUAAGUAGUAGAAAUGUAUGUUUACAAGUACAAUAUAUAUUAUAGAAGUCAAGAUGAGAUGUUUCCCAUUAAAAUCACGAAGAAUUCAUAAUAUCAAACAUACAUAUCUACUAUUCUGGUAUCAACACGAUAGUUAUUACGAUUAUAAAUUCACAAAUGAUAAAAGUGACAAGAGUGUAUUGUUCGAUGUUAGCUAUAAAAGCGUUCAAACAAAAACAUGUAGUUUCAUCUAAAAAAAAUAGCUUCAAAUUUCUGGAAAAAUGACUUUGAAAAAAAAUGUUGGUUCUAUCAUCAUAAUUGCUUCUUUAAGCAGUGCAACUUUUUCUUUAGAUAUUUUCUCAUAUCAUCAAAAACAAGUGAGAAAUUUAAGAAACUAGAUUUAAGUGUGGAUCACUCUGUAUUAGAAAUAGGCAAAUAUUUUAAUAGUCUCGAAUUAUUUCAUUCGUUUAUACAUUAUUCCUUGAGCUAUAUUGAUAUAACUUGAAUAUAUAUAAAUAUACAUACUAUCUUAACUAUAUGAUAUUUUAAAGCAACUCAAGUAGAUAGCGAUAUACUUUCAACUAAGUCCUAGUCCUAUAUUUGUUAUAAAACUUACGAUUGUUUAAUAUUAUUAUAUACUGUUUUAUGUGAGAAUGAGCCAGGUAAGAGAGUUAUCCACCGUUAAUAAUAUUGAUCACUUCCUCGACUACAGAAGUCUUCUCAAGUACAAUAAAUAGGUACAAGCUAUGCAAAAUCAAUUCAUCCGAUUUUUUUUCCACAACUUUUGUCACAAUGGAAUUGCGUACGAUUUAUUUCCCGAAAAGAUAGACAGAUUCAUCAGAAAUUCACACAGGACCUAUGUAGACCCAUCAAAAUUCUCAACAGUCACGAAAUGAUAAAAUCGCUAAUGAUAAUGAGCUUCCAUAAGACUUAGAAUAUUCGUAAAUAAAUCACUUUUAUAAUGCCAAAAAUGAAUUCUCAUGUACGUCACGAGAAUUGUACGUCACGCAGCCGUUCGGAAUCAGUUUUCCAUCCUCUCUCAGUCUAUGUACAUACAAAAUGCAUAUCUUGUACCUGAACCUGUGUAAUUAUUCCAUGGCGCGUAUCUUCGCCGUGAUUUCUGCACUGCGAUGUGAUUUCGCGCACGCGCGCGCAGGAGAGAAAGAGACAAUUGUUGUGGGAGAGAAAUCACACACCCUUAUUAUCAAAGUGCGCUCCAGAUUUAUUCGCGGGAUAAAUCUUGCAUUUUGAGUACGCGCACGUGCAAAUACAAUUUGCACGGCCCAAGUAAAACUAUACAAUACGAAUGUACCGUAUGUUUGUAAGCUCGACUAGAGAACUACAAGUACUACUGUCGCAUUUUUGUAUGUUGCUAAAAAAAUAUCUAUACAUCCAGAUAACACACAAACACACACACAUGUAUGUGCUUCUUAUUGUAAACAUUACGUCGGUACUUGACCAAACAAAACCACACUGUUCACAUCGGACGAAUAUUCAAAUACAUCCGUAAUUAUGUGCGAGACGCGUAAAGAGGACAGAAAUGUUUGUUAAAUAAACGCGCGUCGUUACCACUCGCUAUCGAAACAGUAUAUAUGUAACUUACGAAGAAUGUAAAGAAAAAAAGGGAGGAUGACUAAACUAUGUGUAUGUAUUCAACUCACGUCGAAUUGAUAUAUAAAACGAAAAUAUAUUUUCAAUGUAAACAGC